ACACUGGAAAAAAUACUUUUCCAGCUUCCCUAGGUUUCUUUCUUUUCUCUCUUUUAUUUUUUUAAAUCUUUCCUUGGACCUGUUCGUAAUCGUCAUAGCAGCUGUCGACUGAAUAAUUAAUUCUUAUUAUUCCAGUUACUAUGCUAUAAUAACUACUUGAUUGUAUCUAACUUUGUUUCUAGUCAGUCAUUAUGGCAGAGAUGAUAAGUUUUCGGUUGUUAUGGAAGUAUGUUACUAGCGGUCGGAGAACUCUGUGGCAGAUAUUGAUCUGACACUCCAAGGAAAAAGUGAAGCUAUUCUCUGGUGUCUUACAAUGCUAACUGUGCAACUGUUUAACAUAAAUAUAUGAGAAAGAAACAUUUAAGAGUGAGGCUGAUCAGUGACCAUGCGAUUUCAUCAUGUGCAUGGAUCAGCUGUCACUUUGUCCAACAAUCGGCUACAUGCCAACCGAGAUGAAAAGCACUUCUGUGAUGGUAUUGUAUUUGGUGACCAACCUCUGAAAAUUGGUGUUCGGAUUUCUCUCCAGAUGACUUGCAUUACGACUUGGAAAGGGGCUUUACGAAUAGGAGUUACAUCUAAUGACCCACAGUGUUUUCUUGAACAACACACAUUACCACGUUACCUUUAUCCUGAUCUUGUUAAACAGGAAGGAUAUUGGGCACGUUUAGUGAACGAAAAGUUUGCUGUUUCUUAUCACAUCAUAACAUUUUAUGUGAAUUCCAUGGGAGAGCUUCAACUGUUUGUCAACAAUCACUACAUCGGUGUUCUGCUGAAUGGAAUUCCAACACACCUCCAAUUGUGGUUCCUGCUUGACCUUUAUGGAAAUACAUCAGCUGUCAAAUUGGUUAUUACAGAUGAUACUCCUAAGGAAAUCUUUGUCCGAGGGGAGGCUGCUAUCAAAGCCUACGAGAAGGCCUGCUGUUCAGGAAGUGAGGCUGUCUAUCGUACACGGCUUAUGUUGGUCGGUAAAGACAGAGUCGGUAAAACUAGUCUCAAGCGUUCACUUCUGGGACAAAAAGAUGACCAACCGCUGGAAAGUACGGAUGGUGUGGAUUUGUCUGAGUCUUGCUCUUUCAAUACUUCUGAUUCGAAAGCUUGGAGGCUAAAUCUUAAUGGGGAAAAUGUCGACAAAGAACAACACCAAAAAACAGAUGCUCCCAGAGAUAUUAUUGGUGGUGUAGCUGCCUUGGAAGAGGAGUUCACAGAUUCCACAGCCCUAAAUGUAUAUCUAGAAAUGGUUCUUCAUCAAAAGGAAAAAGAGCUCAAAAAUAAGAACAACUUCCAGAAAAACGACAAAAAAACAGAAAAAGAAAACCGAUCAUACAGCACCAUGCUAGGGUGUAGCACUGGUAGCAAAGUGUCUCCUGGUGCCGUCACACAAGUGCCACAGCAAUUACUGAAAGGUAUACAGGCUGAUGCUAUAGAGAAAUUACAAGCAAUGUUGGAAGUUCAGUCUCCGGAAAAAUGGAUUGCCGAAAACCAAUGUGAGAAAAUAUGCGAAAGCAUCGUGGAGAUUCCUCAACAAGAAGUAACGUUAGAUAUUUGGGACUUUGCUGGUCAGGCUGUCUAUUAUACCACACAUCAGGUGACUUUAAAUGAAUUACCACUGUUUUUGGUACUCUGCAUGAAUUUAACAUUUUCCCAUAUUUAUAGCAAAUCUCUUCUAUUCUUGAAGGAAGACCAGACUGUUGAGAACAUGUCCAAUCUGGGUUACAUAGAUUAUUGGAUGAAGUCUAUCCAUGCUCAUUCAGCAGAGAGUACUAAGAACACAAUCACAAACUCCACACUCUCACCACCAAUGUUUAUAGUCGGCACUCAUCGGAACAGCUUAAACGAUGACCAAGACAUCCUGAAACAGAUGGUGAAGGAGAAGUUCAAUGCCCUGGAGGAAUUUCUAAUUGGGAAACCUUAUUAUAAACACAUAAUAAAGCCAUUCUUUGCUGUUGAAAACUACGGCAGUGAGGAUGAAGAGGAUGUACAGAUUUGUCUCUUACGUGAACAUAUCCAGAAAGUGGCUCUUCAGGAACCAUACAUGGGAGAAAAAAUCCCCACAAGAUGGUUACAGUUUGAAGACAUAAUUAAUCAGCUAAUUGACAAUUGUAAUAAUUAUGCAAGUAUAGACCAGGUGGCAGACUUGGCUUUAGACAUUGGAAUUGAAGAUGAACAAGAAGUGCAGACAAUGUUGGAUUUCUACCACGAUCUUGGUGUCAUUAUCUACUAUGGAGGCAGUUUAUCUGCAGUCGACAACAUUCUACGCAGCCUUGUCAUUUUAAAUCUCCAGUGGUUGGUGGAAAUGUUCCGUAGGGUAAUAACUGCCAACUACCCUCUGAAUCAAGAUAGUGUUUAUGUUGAGAAGCGACAGCAACUGGAAAAAUAUGGGCUUCUGGAUGAGCAACUGAUAAAUUAUUUAUGGAAUGAUGAACUUGAACAUAAGGCAGCCCUGUUGGGGUUGUUGCAAAAGUUUGAUCUCAUCUGUAAACGUAUUCCUUCAAAGGUGGAUAACAGCAAAGGAGCUAGUUAUUAUGUACCUUCGAUGUUUCAUCUACCACGAGAUAACAAGAAGCUUCAUCCAGGAAAUUCAGAUGUUGUCACCUUUUAUUUAAAUUUUCAUGGAUUCCUUCCAGAAGCAUUAUUUCACCGAAUCUUAGCACACACCCUACAUUGGUCUCAGGAAUGUGGUGGCUCUGAGCCAUAUCUUUACUAUCGAGUAGCUCGACUUUUUCUUGAUUCUGAACAUGAUUUUAUUUUAGAAAUGUUACCCAGUUCAUAUGCAAAGGUCAAGGUUGUUGUGAUGCGUGUUGCAGAAGCCAGAGAAGAGGAUGUUUAUAUUAGUGACAAUGGACAGAAAGCUCCUCUUGUAACGAGCCCCCAAGCAGUGGCUAAGGUACGUAAUUUUUUGGACACAACACUUCUUCGACUGCGGGAAGUAUGGAUGAAACGUAUCUCCUACAGCACCAGUGUCAGUUGUCCGUGUGGCCAGUUAUGUGAUUUUCAUCAUAUCAGUGGUUGUACGGCUGAGACUUGUCUUCAUUUUCUCGAUCUUGAUGAAUGUCUUAGCAAAAAGGUUAUUUGUUGUGGCCAUCGCCGGAUGAAAACAACAUUCGUUCAAAAAUGGUUCCCUCCCCACCACACAGUUGCCUUGAAGAAGACAAUCCUUUCCAACAGUUUAUUAGAAUCGACAAAAGGUAACUUUGAGAAAGAAAUAACAGAUUUGCCUUAUUGGAUCAAAAGUGCUGCCAAGUUAUUAAAUAAUGGAGUGGAAAACCUAGACUGGGUCUGUUUAGCCAAUUAUUUGGGUUAUAAGAAACCGAAAAUCGAUAAAUUUAAUAAUGAUUUAAAUCCAUCACUUGCUCUGCUCACUGACUGGAUUCUUGGCAGCGGCAACACACAGGUGUCUGUGGAUGUAUUGCACACUUUCUUGGAGAAAAUGUCCAGGUAUGACAUCAUAGAUCUUCUGAAACAAAGCAGAGAACAAUCCCACUGCCCACAAGUGUUUAUCAGUUACCAGUGGGACAGUCAAGAUGCAGUGAAGGCCCUGUGGGACAGGCUGGAAAGAGCCGGAAUCUCUUGUUGGAUGGACAUUGGCCAGAUGGGUGGUGGUGACCAGCUCUAUAACAAGAUUGAACAAGGAAUUCGGAAUUGCAAGAUUAUAUUGGCCUGCGUUACACCCAAGUAUGUCAUAUCUCAUCUCUGCAACCGCGAACUGAGCUUAGCUGAUGGUCUGCGGAAACCUAUCCUCCCUGUGAUGUUUGAAAGUAUCGUCUGGCCUCCACCGGGUGGCAUGGCACUCAUCUUUUCCAACCUUGUAUAUAUUGACAUGAAUGGUAUUGGGGGACACGGAAGCUCAGGAAUGACUGCUGACUUGGCGGAUAAAUAUAAGGAGAUUAUCCACCGAAUUUCACAUUAUUUUAUUAACGAUGAGAAUAGUAAAAGUACAACAGAAUCCAAAUCAUUUGUUCCCAGUUCUGUAAAAUCCAAUCAAACUAGUAAUGAAGUUAACGAAGUCACUCCAUCUAUAGAAACAACACAUGAGGAACAUCAUGUAGGUUCAUUGAAUCCUCACCAAGAAAUGAAUGAACAAUUGACCAUACAUAACAGCAACCAUCCAAGAACUCUAUCCAGAACUAAUGUGGCUAGGACGACAUCUCGUUGGAGAUGUGGUCUAUGUAAUGUAUUAUAACAAUGUAUUAAGAAUUAUGUUUGUCUCUAAUCCACCUGUUAUAUAUCACACUAAUAAAUCUACCUGUUAAUGAUU